AUGCGUUUGGUAGGACUGCUUGUGUUUUGCCUUGUUACAGAUAAUGUGGAAGGAUUUUUUGGCCUCGGAAGGUUUGUGAAUUCUGGAAGGAAAUCAAUGAAAAGACUAGUCGGCAUGGUUGACCAAGAAGCGAAAGCGUAUCGCCGAAUUUUCGAACAGGACGUCAUCCCUGAGCUUAAACAAACGAUGACGCAGGUUAGAACGUCAAUAAACGACGUCGUGGUAAUAGCUGACCGGAUCGAGCAUAGAUUAGAGGAAACACUGCAGAAAGUUGAUGAACUGAUCGGGCAGAUUGGUUUUAAAAUUAACAAAAUGGCUGAUUUAAUCAUCAUUUUAUUCAUGGCUUUCUUGUUUGUUGUUAUCGGCUCACUCUGUGACAAUAAACAGUUCAUAUUAUUGUACUACUCGUUCCAAUUUAUCCGAGGAGUUUGUGUGAUUACAGCUAUGACGUUACUGGUUCGUCUGGACUUCGAAUUGGUACUCCGUGUGGAUAUGAACACUGCGUCUACUAUCAGGUAUUGCUUAAUAUCUCCUGUCGUCUUUGUGCUAGUAUGUGCUGGUUUAAGUAUAGCUUACAAAGCGCUUCGACAAGGAGGAUUCGCUGUGGGUUUUAUCCUACAGGGCCCACGUUUAAUCAUUUACUGCACUGUUGACGGACCGUGGAGAUGGACAUAUGGUGCCUACAAGUAUGGACAAGAAUCGAAAUCAAAGACGGGAUUAUUAUUGUCCAUCUUUUUGCCAUGGUUGUCGCUAUUGAUCUGUUUUGGGGUGUUCUGUUUGUUCGCAGGUGAUAUCGAUGAUGAAAAGUCUGAGCAAAACGCUAUGUUACUUGGGAUCAUCACAGCGUAUGUAUUCUUUUUAACGUUCGCUAAUCACCUUCGUAUGUUCCAUCUCCGCCCCGAGCCACAGACGCACAUGAGGAACAUCCAAAACCAGAAAUAUCACAAAAUUCAACCGAAUGCUCUUCCACCUGCUCAGGGAUCAACACGGCCAACCACAGAACACACUCGACUUCGACGUUAA